AUGUACAUCUACCCGUUUCUGCACUGGAAUUACGACAAGGUGAUUUUAGUAGUGGUUACAAUGAAAAGAAUACUAGAAGAAAAUGAUGCAUUGGGACGAAUAAUAGUUAAGAAUAGCUAUGAAAAAUCAAAUGCUUACAGCGCUUAUAUGUCAACGCUAUUCAUUUUUAUGGGUACGGGGUUUAGUAUCGGUCCAGUAGCUAUACCAAUAUUUUUGACAUGGAUUCAAACAAGUAAUGAAACUCAUGAAAAAUCUCUGCCCAUUCAUACAGAAUUUUUCAUUGACGAAGAUAAGUACUUCUAUCAACUUUAUGCGUAUCAAAUCGUCGUUAUUCUGUUGUAUAUUAUUUUAAUGGGAGCAUUGAGCAGUUUUUUGUUUUCGGCUAUUGGAUUCGUCAUUGGUGAACUACAUUAUUUACAAAACGUCUUGGAGGAAUCUGACGUUAAGUAUAAAAGCAAACUUCGUGCAAAUAAACUACUUGCUCACAACUUCAUCGUUAAUAAGUUUAAAUUUGUUACUCAUCAACACCAAAAUUGUAUCACGCUUUACAAGAAUCUAAAUAAUAUUACUAAUUCAAUCAUGUUUGUGGUAAUUUUUGGCUCUUCGUGUAUCAUGGUUUUGAGCGGUUCUACGAUGGUUAUUUUGAUGAGUUCGGACAUAGGAAUGGCCUUCAAAAUGUCUAUAGCAUAUUUUGGUAGCAUGAUCAUAAUCACGAUGAUAUGUGUACCAAGUCAGUUGUUAAGUAAUUCUAGUGAUAGCUUGUUUAUGAAAAGUUACAGUCUCAGUUGGGACGAAUAUCCGCCAAAGGCUAGACGUACGUUAGUAAUGAUUUUAGUAAGGACAAUUAAACCUCUGGCGCUUACAGCUGGAUCAAUAACUGAGUUGAACUUGGAAACCUGCAGCUCAAUUAUAAAAAGUUCACUUUCAUUCGUAGCAGGUUUUAGAUCACUGUAUACUACUGUCUGA